AUGGAGAUUUCGAUCCAAUCUCAAGAUCGUAAAUGGGAGCAAGUAAAAGUUACUGAUGUUUUCGUUACCAAUGAACCCGAACUUGAAUCUGUACUAAUAUUGGGUCAGCCGUGGUUCCAGGAAAAUGCAAUGAAACUGGACUUCCCAAAUAAAAAUCUCACAUUACUCAAUGGAACUAGUUGUGAGGUUAAGUUAAUUGAGAAUAUUCGGGAAAUUGAAGUUGUACAAGGUUUGUUACAAGGAUUUUCAGCAAACUCUAUAGAAGGAGAAAAUAUUGAAAUCAUUGAUAAUAAACCUCCAAAUUCUGCACCUGCUGAGCUUGCUCAUUUGUUAUAUCAGGCUAGUAAAGCAAGAAAAAAAUCUAUCAAAGCUAAGCAGGAAGAAAUUUUAUCUUGGGGUCGUUAUUCUGAAAAAUACGAAGAUAGAUUUAUAAAGCUUAUAUCCGAAAAUAAAAAUCUUAAGGAUAAGACUGCAAGAACCCAGAUUUAUAAUGAAAUGAAGCCAUACCUCACGGGCAUUUCUGAUGAAUAUUUACGCAAAAUAACAAGUAAAGCAAGAAAAAUUCUUAAGCUAUUUGGAUGGGAAUAUGAUACUAUAACCCAGGAAAAAGUCAAUGGAAUAGGAUGGCAUAUGGUUAAACAAGUUACUUACAGUGCCGAUACUAUUUCAAGACUUACUAAUAUUGAAAUCCAGUAUAUUAUAGAUCAAGUAACUUCGGCACAAGUUGGUAUGACGGUAUCAAAAACCGUGAACACUGUUCACGAUCAGGAGUUGAAAUUAACAGAAAACGAGAUGAGUAUCUCAGAUAUUGAAGCCUCACCUAAUAAUACGACUCAAAUCUUUAGCCACGAAGACGUUUCACCUAUUGUUGCUGGUACAUCUGGCACGUCUGGUACAACCGCAAAAUACAAAGGUGUCGAAAUAUUUGAAAAUGCUCCUCUCCUUCGAACGGAGCUAUCUAGUGGCUCCUCGUCAGCCCCUUCUAAAAUCUGGGUCAAGCAUGGCGACAGUAGACCAUCGAAAGUUGUUUUUGACGGAGGAGAUGUGGAUGAUUUGAUAAGAGCGAUCAAGAAGGAACUGUCAAAUAAAUUGAGUGACAUUGAUGCUGACAUCACUUUAAGAAGACACGGUGAAAAAGAAGAUUUGCGCCAUGGUCUUCCAGUGGAUAAAAGUUUUGAAAAUAAUGAUGACACACCUCUACAAGUCAUUGUAAGUGAACCUGAAGUUUUAAGCGAGAUCGUAAAAAGUGCAGUGCGGGAAGAAUUCUCCCGGCAAAAGCAUGCUAAUCAGGUCCGAGUAUCCAAUCUUUCUGAAACAAAUAUGAAUGAAAUCAUGAAUAACCUUGGAGUAAAGGUCGCCGAAUUAAUAGAUGAAGACUUCCAAUCACUUAGUCCCGUGUCAUGCCAACCUUUUAUAUGGGAUAUGGAGAGGGAGGAAGCUCAGCAGAUGCGUAAUGUUGAAAUAUGGUUUAAGAAUACGCUAGAUCUACCGAGAGGGUUUCAUGUGAAGGAUAUCCAUACGCAGGCAAACUAUCAACGACCCUUGCAAGGAGCGAACGUCGUUUUAACGGGUGGUUCUGAUGUAUCUAUUGGACCAAGUGGGACAGCUUGCGUCUGGAUUAAAGCUAAGAAAACAAAGGAGGAUUUCAAAGAAGGUCAAGCUAUAGGAGAGUUAUUAUUAUUAGAUAAUCUCCACUCUAUAAGUUCAAUGGUUGUCUUGACGGAUUGUAAUGCCCAUUGGAUUAUUUUCUUUUUCAUAAAAAUGGAUGAUGAACAAAACAUGGCAACAUGUAGAACUCAUAAUCCUGGCAUUGCCUUGGCGAUAAUUAAACAGUUUGUACUUGAAGAAGGAAAAAGGUUUCACAGUUGGAUAGGAAAGACUGUCGACUACGGUGUAGACCUACUCACACCUCUUCAGAAGAAAACGAAAUUCACCGAACACAUUCCUGGAGCAGAUUAUGAAAACAGGAUGGCAGAUAUGGUUGGCGACAUGUCUGAACAGGAAUUGUUCAAUAUGACGGCUCGCAAGAAGUUAACGAUGUUAAGAAAUUGGUGCAAACUAGACGAACAACCACAAGUAGAUCAACUUAUUAGGCAGUUUAGUGAUGAUUAUGAAAAUCCACCACCACUGAUGUUCAUAUAA